UUUUCUUAGCUUAAUUAAGUGUUUUAAGGAUAGUAAAAUGCAAAAGAGUAUAUUAUCAUUCUUUUCAAAGAAGCCAGAGUCGAAGGAAAGUGAUAAAAGUCCCGAUUCAUCACCAAUUAAGAUUGUUUCUAAAAAGAAAAGAAAAAUUUCAUCAUCCAGUGAAGAAGAUGAAGUGACCAAAAAGGAAGCAUCUCCGGUUCAUAAGAAAAAAGCGGUGGAAUCAAAAACCAAGACUCCACAAAGCAACUCAAAGAAGAGAACGCCGACUAGUAAAUCAAAGCCAAAAAUCACAUCACCUGCUUUAAAAGUUAAGGAAGAAAAGACUCCCGAGAAGAAAACGCCUAAAACUGAAUCUGAAUUACCUGAAAAUAAGCCAAUUAAUGGACAGAUAGAUGAAGAGUUUAAGCAUGAAGAUAAGGAGAUUGAAGACAGUCCAAAAAAAGAAGAACAGAAUGUUAUGAAGCUUCAGAGCGCUGGAUCUGGUCAAAAAGGCUCGGACUACAAUCCAGGAAAGAAACAUUAUCAUCCCAUUAAAGAUGCAUUCUGGAAGAAGGGAGAAAAAACUCCAUAUUUGGCUAUUGCGAAAACAUUUGAGAUCAUUGAAGAGAACAGCAGUAGAUUAAGAAUGAUUGAGAUAUUAAGCAAUUACUUCCGAUCAGUUAUAGUUUUAAGUCCAAAUGAUUUGUUGCCAAGUGUCUAUCUAUGUUUAAAUCAAGUAGCACCAGCCUUUGAAGGUCUUGAAUUGGGUGUUGCUGAGACGAAUAUUAUGAAGGCAAUUGCACAGACAACAGGAAGAAGUUUACAACAAAUUAAGAGUGAUUCUCAACAAAUUGGUGAUCUGGGAGUUGUUGCUGAGAGAUCCAGAAGUAAUCAAAGAAUGAUGUUCACGCCUACUCCACAUACAGUCGAAAGUAUGUUUAAUAAACUUAAAUCAAUUGCUAAAAUGAGUGGUGCCACAUCAAUGCAAAAGAAAGUAGAUACAAUUAAAGGAAUUUUCGUUGCAUGUAGACAUUCAGAAGCAAGAUAUUUCGUACGCUCACUACUUGGCAAAUUACGCAUUGGACUAGCUGAACAAUCAUUACUUCAAGCUUUAUCACAAGCUGUUACUUUAACGCCACCUUUGGAAAAUAAAAAGGAGCCUUAUAAUGUUAAUGUCAUGUCUGACAAAAAUGAAGCAACAAUCAAGUUAAAGGUUGAGAAAAAUGCUCUCAUUUUAAAGACUGUUUUUUGCAGAUGUCCUGAUUAUGACCAAAUUGUAGGAAUUUUAAUUGAUGAAGGAAUUAAGGCAUUGCUAGAAAAAUGUAAAAUGAAGCCUGGUGUUCCAUUAAAGCCUAUGUUAGCUCAACCGACAAAAGGUGUUCAUGAAGUUCUCGAGCGUUUUGACUCGAUUGAGUUCACUAGUGAAUGGAAGUAUGAUGGAGAAAGAGCUCAAAUUCAUAUGGACGAGAAUGGAGUUAUAAGCAUUUAUAGUAGAAAUCAAGAAAAUAAUACAUCAAAAUAUCCAGACAUAAUAUCAAGGAUAUCAUUAACAACAAAAGAUAGUGUCAAGUCGUUCAUAUUAGAUUGUGAAGCUGUUGCAUGGGACCAAGAAAGGAAGCAAAUUUUACCAUUCCAGGUUCUAUCGACUAGAAAACGAAAAGAUGCAAAUGAAGCUGAAAUUAAGGUUCAAGUUUGUGUCUACAUGUUUGAUUUGCUUUAUUUUAAUGGAGAAUCUCUUGUCGAGAAUCCAUUUUCCAAAAGACGUGACUUACUUUAUGAACAUUUCAACGAAGUAGAAGGAGCUUGGAAAUUUGCUACCAAAUUGGAUACCAGCGAUAUGAAUGAAUUACAUCUUUUCCUAGAUGAAGCAGUUAAAGGAAAUUGUGAAGGAUUAAUGGUUAAAACGCUCGACAAGGAAGCAACAUACGAAAUUGCUAAAAGAUCAAGGAACUGGCUUAAACUUAAGAAAGAUUAUUUGUCUGGUGUUGGCGAUUCACUUGAUUUAGUCGUUUUAGGUGGCUAUAGAGGUAAAGGCAAGCGAACUGGAAUGUAUGGUGGUUUCUUGUUGGGAUGCUAUGAUCAAGAAAAUGAUGAAUAUCAAAGUAUCUGUAAAAUUGGAACUGGAUUUAGUGACGAGGACCUAAAAGCUCAUUCUAAUUUCUUCAAAGACAACAUUAUUAAGGAACCUCGUUCAUAUUAUCGUUUUGAUUCAAGCUUAACACCUGAUGACUGGUUUGAUGUCGUUCAAGUUUGGGAAGUUAAAUGUGCUGAUUUAUCAUUAUCUCCAAUUCAUAAAGCAGCCAAUGGAAUCGUUGAUCCUGAAAAGGGAAUUUCAUUAAGAUUUCCUCGUUUCAUUCGAAUCCGGGACGAUAAAAAGGUUGAAGAUUCGACAUCAGCAAAGCAAGUUGCAGACAUGUAUCAGAAUCAAGAUCAGAUCAAAAAUCAACAGACACAUAGGGAUGCUGAAGAAGAUUUCUAUUGAAUAAAAAAAAGACAAGGCUCGAUUUAUUUCAUAUUUCAAAAAAUUAUUUUAUUUUAAAAAGAUUAUCUCCUCAAAAAAAUAAUAAAAAGCACACAUUCAUACUUCUUACAUACUCAACUUACUCCUGAUUUUUAUUAAUAAUACAUUACAUUUCGGAUAUAAAGAAGAAUAAAGAUGAUUUAU